GUAGAGGGCAGCAUUGUGCUUCUUCACAACACACAGCCUCGUCCGUAAAAGAAGAAGAAGGGCUAGAGAGUUAAACUUGUUUUAACAUCUCAAAUCUUUGAUCAGCUGAUCGUGGAUUUCUGUCACGCGGCGUUAAGCAGGCACACGGUGUGUGGUUAUCUGACAUCACACACAGGUCGUUUCCUGCCCGGCCACAUUCCUUUUAAUGUGAAAGGGAGCUGAGGAAAAGAUAACAGUGGGCUCUGUGUUUUUGCCAGGAAUGAUCUGGAGCAGUGAGAGGUUGUGGCGGCCUCACCAGUAGCUGUCACCACGGCGGGGGACCUUCGGACCUCCGUCUGCAGGGUGGUCAUCUACCUCCAAAGGGACAUGUCAGGGGACGGCUGCCUGCCCCAGCAUCACAGCCAGUCCAGCUGCACCUCUCCACCCACUCCUCUGGCCUGUCCCAAGACCAAGACCUGCAGUUAUCGAGGAGCAGUGGGCCUGGGCAACAAGUAUGUUCGACUCAACGUCGGCGGGAAUCUGUUUUAUACCACGCUGCAAGUGCUGACGAGGCAGAACACGUUGCUGAAAGCCAUGUUCAGCGGGAAGAAGGAAGUGUUCACUGACAAAGAGGGUUGGAUCUUGAUUGACCGCAGUGGGAAACACUUUGGCAGCAUCCUGUGCUUCCUGCGCGACGGCACGAUCACCUUACCCAAAGGUCGCCAGGCCGUCCAGGAGCUGCUGGCUGAGGCAAAGUAUUACCUCGUCCAGGGCCUAGUGGAACUUUGUCAAAACACCCUGCAGGGCAAUCAGGAGCAACCCUUGUGUGUUAUACCUGUGGUCACAUCUACUAAAGAAGAGGAGAGGCUCAUCCAAUCUUCUGCCAAGCCUGUGGUGAAGCUGGUGUACAACCGAAGCAAUAACAAGUACUCUUACACCAGCAACUCAGACGACAACCUGCUGAAAAACAUCGAGCUGUUUGACAGGCUGUCGCUCAGCUUCAAUGGUCGCGUCCUUUUCAUCAAAGACGUGAUCGGAGACGAGAUCUGCUGCUGGUCCUUUUACGGACAGGGUCGCAAGCUGGCCGAGGUCUGCUGCACCUCCAUCGUCUACGCAACAGAGAAGAAGCAGACCAAGGUGGAGUUCCCUGAAGCUCGCAUCUACGAGGAGACUCUGAACACGUUGCUAUACGAGACGAUGCCGCUGCCUGACAACUCCCUGCUGGAGGCCACGCGCCGGAGCUACACUAACUGCGGCUCUCACAGCGAGGAAGAGGAGGGGCCCAGCGGAGCUGAGCUUCGCGAGCGUGUCCGUCGAAUCCACGUCAAGAGGUACAGCACGUACGAUGACCGGCCGCUGGGACACUGAGGCCGAAAACCACAAAGCACGGGACAGAUUUCAGAUUUCAGCUUUCACAUCAACCAUGAACAUUUGAACAUGAAAUGUGUUGAUGCUCAUACAUUUCUCUUUUGAAUUGUUAUCCUACUUUCUUUACCACUGUGUGAGAAAAUGUGGCCUUGAUGCAUCUGUCUUUUUUUACUCUAGAUAUUGGUGAUGCUGUCUGCUCUAUCCAUCAUAAUUUAUGAAUUAUUAUCAUAGGAUUCAGAGUGGCUACUUCAAAUAUCUGGAGAACUAUAGGUUUUUUUAAUGAAAUAUAGAUUAGGAGUGGAGGAAAAAAUCACUAAUAUGCACUAUUUCUUAGAAGAAAUAUUGUUCCAAUCAUAGCACUUAGACUCCAGAUCAGCAGGAGAGCAUGUUUCGUAUUUAUAGAUAAUAUUUUUCAUAUACACAUUUACAACAGCCUGUUGUUUACCAAAGAUGAACUAGUCUGGUGCCUCACAGUGGUUCUCGAACUCGGGGUGGGCAAAAGGGCAAAACGUGGAGUGAAACUAAGCUGAAUGAUUUAUGUACAGAAAAUGAUGCUGACAUUUAUUUCACUACAAUACAAUUAUCCUAUCAGUGUUGAUGACUAAUACAAGUUGUGGAUUGGUAGGGGGUGUGAAAUGUUAUCAGCUUUUGAAGAGGGCCAGAAAGUUUGAGAACCGCUGCACAUGUUUGAAUGCAGUUUACCGUGAUGCCUUUUUUUUUUUUUUUUUUUUUUUUUCCCA